AAAGUGAAUUCUGAAAUGUCGCGCACACAUUUCUCUAAUAAACACCGCCUAGCAAUGACUGGCGCAGUGGUGGCGGUAGUUUUUUUAAUUUUAUGUUUGCUUAGCUCAAACGUUUUUUCAUUCGUGCCUAUAGAACAAGCUGAUGCCGAUACUUUAGAAUUAUUGCAUGUGGUAUUUCGUCAUGGCCCACGUACACCAGCUGAUACGUAUCCAAAUGAUCCAUACAUUAAUCACACAUUCCCCCCAUUUGGAUGGGGGCAGAUAACCAAUAAUGGCAAACGUGAGCUAUUUGGCAUUGGAACGUGGAUGCGCAAGCGUUAUGCAGACUUUAUGGCGCCAUACUACCACCCAGACGCGGUACAUGCACAAGCGACUGGCGUUGCACGCACCCACAUGACCCUGCAGACGGUAUUAGCAAGUUUUUUCCCCCCAAAGGAUACUGCCAUGGAAUGGAAUCCAAAAUAUAAUUGGCAACCAGUGCCGGUAUUUUCACAGCCACUCAACGAUGAUACGUUGCUGUUGGUGCGAACGCCUUGCCCGCGUUAUUUCGAGGCUUUAGGUGAAGUUUUAGAAUUGCCAAAUGUGAGAGCAGAAAUUGAACCAUACCUCAGUAUGUUCAGCGAGUUAACAGCUUUAACAGGACUAAAUAUAACUCAGCCAGAAGAUGUACAAUCGCUCUACUUAACACUUUUAGCAGAGCAAGAAUUUGGACUACAACUACCUCAAUGGACCAAAACUUACUUUCCCCAGCAAAUGCAGUUCCUAACCGAUCAAAGUUAUAUUUACAAUGUUUAUACGCCGGAAAUGCAAAAGAUAAAAGCGGGACCAUUUUUAAAAAAAAUGUUUACCGAAAUGCUGGAAAAGCGUAAUGGCGAACUUCAGCCAAAUAAGAGAAAAUUAUUUAUUUACACUGGUCACGAUACCACUGUGGUAAAUAUUUUAUCAGCAUUAAAAGUAUGGAAGCCUCAAUUGCCUCGAUAUUCGGUUAUGACGAUUUUUGAGUUACACAAAAAUAAGAAUACCGGAGAGUAUUAUGUAGAGACAUACUUCCGUAGUAAUGCAAAAGCACCACUUGAGAAGCUGAUAAUACCAGGCUGUGAUUUCCAAUGUCCUUUGGACAAAUUAAUCAAAUUAAGUCAAGAUGUUAUUCCAACCGAGGCUGAUAACGAGCGUUGCAAGUCAAGGAAUGAAGAUUUUACAGAGCCACCACUCAAAGGGCCAUAAGUGAUAUAAUUGGUAUUUUUAGUUUAAUUUCUUAUUUAUAAGUUUUACUGUGCGAAUAUUUUUUUUUUUAAUUUACCCAUUUAUGUAUAAGUUUUAUAGGUAAACUAGAUAAAUUGAUGUAUAAAUUACUAUUUAAAUAUAAACUA